CAAUCCUGUUGCAAACAGACAGAUAAAGGUCAUUUCUCAGGGCGCAGCAUUUGAGGUGGCAUCGACUCCGAAAGCUUCGGCGCCGACACGAGAUGCUGUCGGUAUUAGGUCGUUAAGUGUUGUCGGACCAACACGCCUACCGCGCAGCCCACGAAGAUGUGUCGAGGCGCGUUUCAACGUGCGCGCAAAAAAAUGAGUGACUGAGUUCGGCGCGAGAUGUUCGAAGACCUCGCGUUCGCGAAGAGAUACUCGUCGGUUCGAUGACUGCUACGCCCGGUCAAUACACUCUUUUUCUUGCGAUGGUCGAUCGCUGGUGACUCCGAAACAUUCAAGUGAUCCCCCUCCUUCGUGUAUCCGAACAAUCGCGACGGACGAUAACCCUGCGAGGGUGGAAGAAGAACGUCAAGGGACUGAAUCUUGGUCGAAAUACGCGGGAUUAACCCGGUUGAUAGAUACCGGGGAAAUUGCGACGCGAUCCGAAGAACAAAGAGCUCUCUCUCUUUCUCUGUAUCCUCAACCAACGCGGAGGAUUAUUGGUCUACGAGGGCGUCGGAGAGGUGCGGGAAAGUUCAGGCAGAAAAACAAGCAGCGCGUAAAUCCUUCUAUCCGACCGCGUCGGCGAUACGAUUGAUGUUGAUACAACUACAACAAAGACACUCUCACUACCACGCGUUCGGGGCGCGUUCUCUUUGUCGCCGUUCUCUAAUCUCAUCUAAAAACUGGAAGAAAUUCUUCUAGAUAGCGAAUCGCGUACAAUCGCGCCGGAUAAAUCACCCUGGGUAAAGCUCGCUAAACGCGCAAUGUUUUGCUUCCAAAGUCCCUUCACGCGAUCGUCGCGCAGUGUCGUGUCGACCGCGUCGCUGUCGGCAAGCAAGUCGUCGCUGACCAACGCUAUCCUGUCGCCAACCUGUAAAACGUCCAAUGCGACCGAAUGCAAUCGACGUGGCUCCGAGGCGACCAGCGAGAGCUCCAACUCCUCCAUCAGAUACAUCGACCAGGAGGCCUCGAUGUCCGGCGGUAGCAGCACGGACACUCUGCCGGGUAUCCGCGCCGAUUACCUGGAUCCUGAACCCCUGUCGCCCGGAGCGGACGCCCUGACAUCGCCGAGCGGGAUAACUGUCAUUUUGAACGGCACCACCGAUCUCAACGAGCGACAGAUCGCGCAGGACGAAAAUCACCAGGCCGCUUUGCAUUCCGCGCCAUCACCGACGAAGAAGUCUAGCAGCAACGGCAGCAGCUGGCGUCGCAAACUCAUGCUACGCCUUCGCUCCAACGAUUCCUCGAGCUUGAACAACGGCGAGGUGCUCUCCUCCUCGACGUCGCCGUCGCCCGCGAGCGAGUCGACGAUGGAGUCCACCUCGUCCUCGAGAAAUCCCCGUAGCGAGGAGAAUGGACAGGACGUGAACGCGACGGCGACGACCAUCUCGUCGUCGUCGGUGCAAAUCGACAUGGUCGAGAGUUCCCAGGUGGCCGCCGCUUCCGUCGGUGACAUACCGUCCCUGGAGAACGGCUUUAGCGAGCCCGAGGAGGAGAAUGACGACGACGUAGAGGAUGAGGAAGAGAACGACGAGGAGGAGGAAGCCUGCAACGCGGAGACCGAGACGGAGGACGGCUCGUCCUUGCCGUCCAGUCCAGCAGCCGCGUCCACCGUCGGUCUGACCUCCUCCGCGGUACCCUAUUACGAUUUUCUGUCGGUGAAUGGCGGCGCGAUGCGGCAGGAGACCACCAGCACUAGCUCGCCGCAGUUAUCGUCGGGCGCGAGUCUGCGAUCCAGCGUCGAAUCCCCGCCUGCCGAUACCUGCAGCUCGUACGGCGAGGACAGCAGCCCGGGUAUAGAUUCGCUGAAGCCCGAAGUCCUCGAAGCGACCGGUUGCCUGCCAGCCGCGAGGUCCUGCCCGAAUCUGGAGCGGCAGAGCGCGGGCUGCUCGUCGGCCAGCGGUUCGUCGAGCCCGAGCCCGAGUCCGGGUCCGGCCGGGCCCAGAUUCAAGCCACUCGAGGAAGGCGUCAUACAGGUGUGCUAUCUGAAUCAUACACGAACCCUCGUGAGGAAGAUCCUGUCCAGCAAGUUUCUGCGACGUUGGGAGACGCAUCAUCUCUAUCUCAACGACGCCUGUCUGUCCUCCAAGACGCUCACGGGUUUCCUUCAACAACCUGUUCCAUACAGCAGCAUGUCCGAGGUCCGAAAAUACGUUGUCGCCAGAUGGGAUCCCACAUAUAAGAACUGUCUUAGCAUCGUUUUGCCGGAUGGCUCGCUUCUUCUACAAGCCAGCAACGCUUAUACGAGGGACCAGUGGUAUCACUCGAUCUUGUGGAAAAAAAGCAUCUUCAAGUACCAACAUCUGGUGUCUAUGAGCACACGAGAAGAGGUGAUAUUGCGCGAAUUACGCACCAUGGUAGACUUCGCUCUGUGGACGCCGCUCCAGGACGAAAGAGUGGCGGGUGCUCCACUGGAGGCAGUCGCUAAACUUCUAGAGGAACCCAACGCGGAUUCGGAGACAAAUGCGAAGAUCGAUGGUGUUGUUCGCGAUCGCAGGAGCUGGGCAGAGGCCGUGCUCUCUGUGGUGGCGCCGCUUCUGGAAAAGGCAGCCCCACCGGCGGCUCUCGCAAGAGCGCUCGCUAGACUGGCACAGCAGCAUCCGCGAUCGCAGCUGGUCCCAAUGCUCGGUCCAGCGAUCACGAGAUGCCUGAAGCACACCGUUGACUUUGGCAAGUCGCCGGACAUGAGGAAGUUGCUGCAGGUCUUUGUGGCGGCUUUGUACGAAAACAACGACGGCGAGCAGGCAAUCAGAGACUACAUCUCGUCGGUUCAUGGGCCUGGUAGUGAUUGUCCGCAUCCAAGGGUACUUCCCAAUCUCGUAUCCAUCUGCGUCGCGGCUAUAUUCCACAGAUUUGAAGUGUCGAGUCGCAGAUCAUCUAAUGACGAUAAGCAGCCGUUGUUGCCGCCGUUGCAGUGCUACUUGCUCGUCUUGAAUAUUGCAUCGGAGUACUCCGAUUGGCGUCCGGGUCUCGGGGCGCUCUUGCAGCCUGUCCCGUUCCCGGAAGAAGCUCUGGCCAUGAGGGAAGUUCAGGAGUCCGUGCUGAUGUGCGUGAUGCAACGACUGGCAAAAGACCCGAGAUGCAUAGUGCAUCGCAUUCUGUUGCCCGUCCGAGAGCCGCGUCCAGGCUGGAUCCAUAUCGCCGCGCCGUCCAGCCCAGCCUGUCCAGAUCGCGGAGAGCUGUUCGGCGAGAUGCUGACAACUCUGCUGACAUGUUGCUAUCGGCGAAAGAGGUUCAUCGCGUCCCUACAGAAGCAAGCGGGGGAUGAUUGCAUUUUACUAGCGGUGCGGGGCUGCGACGCCGCGCAAGAGGCGCUCUGUUUGAUGCUCGAGUGGCGUUUACUGCCGAACGAGGAGGCGAGGCUUCAGAUAGUCAACGCGCUGGAGUCUACGGAAUCCGGGAAGGAGCGCUACGUCGCGCUCUGUCAAAGGCAGAAGAAUCUGCAGGAGCUGCAACAAAAGGGCGGACCGCGUAAACUGACGCUGCCGGUGCGAGCGACCGACGCCGACGUCGCCCUUCUGCUGGGCGGUCGCGCCCUCGGUAAUCUCGAGUGCCUCAGCUUAGCCUUCACCUCUGUGACAUCCGCGUGCGCGGAGCAGCUGAUCAAGCUGCCGGCGCUACGAUAUUUGAAUCUAUGGGCCACGCAAUUCGGCGACGCCGGCCUACAGAUGAUCAGCGAGCAUCUGCAGAAGCUGCAGGUGCUGAAUCUCUGCGAGACGCCCGUAUCUGACAAAGGCAUCUCUACGUUGGCCUCAUUAACCAGCCUAAGAAAGCUGAAUUUAAACAGCACGAAGCUGUCAGCCCAGACAUUCGAGUCGCUGAAGAAGCGAUUGCCGGCUCUGCAAGAAUUCGAUGUUCGAUAUACGGAGGCCUGGUGACCCGAGGUUACGUCCAGCACUUCGCCCAUCGACGGUAGCGAUCGUCGUGAUAUGAAAACGAAGAAGCAACGCUAAGAUGCUUUAUCGUUCGGAGAAGACAAUUCGAGAGAUUGCCGAUACCAAGUGACGUUGUUAUUGUCCGUAUUUUCGGUAAUCAAUUUGAUAUCGAGCGCGAUAAAUUUGUUCGUCCUGUUAGGUCGCAAUCUGACAAAACAAUGGACCAUUGUCGAUGAAACUCAAGAGAGGACUAAAGAAGUAUAUUAGGGGACACUGUGUGUGUAGGAUGAAUGAAGAGUCUUCUAUCGAAUCUUUAUCAUAUCUUCGACGAUGCUUAUACUUCCACGGUUUAACCGCGAUCGAUGACUUUAUCUUUCCAGAGGGCGAUAAGAAUACGCGCGAUGGAUCGACGAACGCGUCAAUGAAAAUCCGCGCGUUUAUUAACGCAUCUUCCUUUCAUUUUCUAGAUAUUACUUAUUCGAAACGUUAGACAAAAGUUCUCUUCCAAAGUCUCGAAUCAGCGAGUCGAUUCGACGAUGCCGUCGCGAGGAAUAUUAAUUUGAAGACGUUCCUUUCACGUCGUCGAAGACUACACUUUUCAGAGACAUUCCAACGUUGCGAACUAAGACGUCAAUUUCCAAGAAGGCGCACGUUCGUUUGAAUAAGCAAAGAGCGAUAUUUGCAUGAAAUACGAGUUUGAACGGAAUGAAGAGAUACACGAUCGCGUCGAAGAAGCAAUUGUUAGAAUCGAGGAAUAUGAGUCGUUUGCACGGUAAAUUCUCGGAAUGCCAUUCCGAGAAUUUACCGUGCAAACGACUCAUAUUCCUCGAUUCUAAUAAUUGCUUCUUCGACGCGAUCAUGUAUCUCUUCGUUCUGUUCAAACAUGGCAAAGGGCUUUGCGCACUAAUAUUGCGCACACAUACACCCCCCCACACACAUACACGUCCAAUAACACGAUUGCCUCGAUACUUUUCAUUCGAAAACGAUUCGUGUUUAAUCGAUCAUUUGUGUUUUACACAAGUCUAAAGGUCGACUUCAUCGAGCAUCAAUUUUAAUGAUAAUUUUAGCAAGUUCUUCCUCUACUUCUAGCUUUAGAAAAGCGAAUUGCUUUUAUUCAUAUUUAUGUCGAGUAACGUUAAAAACGCAACGCGAUAUCUUCAUCCUUUUAUCUGAUCCAUUGCGUUUUUUAUAUUUGCAUAUGUCAUUUUUUAAUAUUAAUAUUUUUGAUGGGAAUUAAGAACAUCGCUAUUCGAGUUUCGUUUAUCAAAAGCACACGUCGCUAACGUUCACUACUCGCGCUGAUGAAAUUGGAAGUCGUUUAGAUGCGUCGCGAAAAGACUCUCUAACUCUAACGGAGUGCGAUGAUGGCAAAAAUAAACGUUAUUGACGCAUAGUUUCACACAAUGAAAAUACAAAAAGCACACAAUUUUUCCUGCCUAUAAGCUGACUUCUCUUAGUAUGCAGACUAGAAAAGUCGUUGGACGGUUUAUCAAAUCAUCAUCCGCUGGAAUCGACAUUGAUUGUAAGCAUCCUGCCAAUAAAAGAGAAGAUUACAUUAAUAAUGAUGAUGAUGAUGAUGAUGAUGAUGAUGAUGAUGAUGAUGAUGCGAUAACGAUUCCAUGAUCUUCCAAACAAAGACUGUUCCCAAUCGAGUGUCAGCGCGCUGCUGGACCGCGGCUGCAAAAUCGAUCCUCUCGCGAGAAGUGUCCUUUCGCGAGGGACACACUCGGCUAUCUCCUUUCCGUUCGAGGCGUGCCCAACUGCCUUAAUCAGCGAGUUCUGAGCGACCACUGCCACAACGUGCGCGUCGCGUCGCAUCGCGUCAGCGAACGCAAUUUUACUCUAGAAAAAAAAAUGAAGAAAGAGCGCGCGCGUGAAGCUUCGCGUUUUAUCGUGUAAAGGGCGAGGCUUCGAAUCGCGGACGACGCGGAGUCGCACUCGUGCAUUUCGUUCCCUAGUGUAAAUAGAUAAGUAGACAAUUAAGAAAAAACGUUUUCCCUCCUCUCCUGUUUCUCCUCGAUUAUUAAUACAAUUUUAUGCGUAGAUUUUAAUAAUUUAUUCUCUAGCUAGAACCUUUCUCGUGUAUAUAUAUAUACGUAUAUAUAAAAUAUAUAUGCAUAUAUAUAAAUAUGUAAAAAAAUAUAAUAUUACAUGUAUGUCGCACGAUCCAACUCUUGUAUUAGCGCGAACACGCGUUUAGGGGAUGAUCGAUAUCUCGAGUUUAGAGCGCGGAUUAGGACGAAGAGAGAAAGAGAGGGUGCGCCCUUCGAAGGGCGGCAGGAUAAAAGGCCGCCGUCGCGGUAAUCGCGGCGACGACGAUCGACAGUUUCGCAGUUUCUCGUCUCGAAAUUAUUGUAAAAGCCGCAAGGGAACAAGCAUUGUAAGAAGACUGUUUACGUCAAUUUCAAUAAGGAUUAUAUUAACUUAGGGAGAAUAUAUACGAUCGCUCGAGUUAAUUCACCUCAGCGUCACGUCUGUCUGAGUGAGGCAAAUAAAUUCGAAUUUAAUACCUCACACCAUCCGUUUCUGUGGCGUCUCUUUCGUUGGUCUCUUACUUCUCAUUGUCAAUGAAAUCUCUGCGGUUCUGCGUUGAUUCUUGGCUCUCGCGACUCGCCAAGCGCGCGCGAUAUACAGUUUCUUUAAGUUUUAUUCUCAAAUUCAUUUCCUCGCAUGUAAUUCUGUAGCCGUUAUCGGUGAAAUCUGUAAGACAUACUCUAUUACUCUAGAUGUGUUACGAGAAUGUGUGUGAUCGGAGUUUCAGCGUUAAAUUAUUAAUAUCGUAUCUUUCUUUGACAUUUUCAUACGAAUAAAGUGUUUAAUCGAGAAAAGAAUAUUAAUUAUCGCGCCUUAAAUUAUCUCGUCUUACUAAUCCUCUUCAGUUCUUUUUGACAGGUUAAAAGAGCUUAAUGAAGUUCCUUAUAAUUUUAUGUUAUAUCGAUGUUGCUCAUGUUGAAAAGUGAAUUGAUUAUAAUGAGUAACGAUGCCAUGGAAAAUAUACCU